UAUUCCACCAGAAAAUUUAUCGUCCACCGGUGAAACUUUCUCUCUCCUCCCUCGCCGGAGAUUUUCUUCUCUCUCUUCAAAAGUCCGGCAGGUAUCAGAAGGUAGUAUUUGUAAGCCUGUAUAGAUACAGGCUAAGGCUAAUUUCUUAGAGGAAAAGGGAGAUACGAAAAGUUCAAACCCUCGCAGAUUAACGAAGGGAGAGAUGGCUCUGCGGCGUCUUAUUACGCAGGUGUCAAGGCAACAAUUGAAUAGUGUAUCUCGAAGUUCUUGUUCAUCUCUUCAAAGAUUUGGAGCUGGGGUUAAGGCGCAAGAAAGAUACCAAUCAAGUUAUGUUGGAAGUUUAGCUCGUAAAGUACGUGAUACAGAUGCGUCAAAUGAUAUUGCAUACCUAAGAGAGUUAUCUCGUCGAAAUGAUUCUGAUGCUGUCAUAAGGUUGUUUGAGAGUCAACCGUCAUUGCACACUAACCAAUCUGCACUUUCCGAGUAUGUUAAAGCGCUUGUUAAGGUUGAUAGGUUGGAUGAAAGUGAGUUGCUCAAGACCCUGCAGAGAGGUAUUGUAGGUUCUGGUUUUUCGCAGGUUGAGGAAGAAAGUAUGAGUGGUGCUCUUUCAGCUUUUAGAAAUGUUGGAAAAUCUGCAAAGGAAGGUGUUCUUGGCACUGCGAGUACUCCAAUACAUAUGGUGGCUGCCGAAGGAGGGCACUUCAAGGAACAACUAUGGCGCACAUUUAGGACCUUGGGUAUGGCAUUUCUACUUAUAUCAGGUGUUGGGGCUCUUAUUGAAGAUAGAGGAAUCAGUAAAGGUCUUGGUCUCAAUGAGGAGGUGCAGCCUAGUAUGGAAUCCAGCACCAAAUUUAGUGAUGUAAAAGGUGUUGAUGAAGCAAAGGCAGAACUAGAAGAAAUUGUUCACUACCUCAGAGAUCCUAAAAGAUUUACUCGAUUAGGUGGGAAGCUUCCAAAAGGAGUGUUGCUUGUCGGUCCACCAGGAACAGGGAAGACAAUGCUAGCUAGGGCUAUAGCAGGAGAAGCUGGAGUCCCAUUUUUCUCAUGCAGUGGUAGUGAAUUUGAAGAGAUGUUUGUGGGUGUUGGAGCCAGAAGGGUGAGAGAUCUUUUCGCUGCUGCAAAGAAAAGGUCGCCUUGCAUUAUAUUCAUAGACGAGAUUGAUGCUAUAGGGGGAAGCAGAAAUCCCAAGGAUCAACAGUAUAUGAAGAUGACUCUUAAUCAGUUACUUGUUGAACUUGAUGGGUUUAAGCAAAAUGAAGGUAUAAUUGUGAUUGCAGCAACUAAUUUCCCAGAAUCAUUAGACAAGGCCUUGGUUAGACCUGGACGAUUUGAUCGUCAUGUCGUUGUUCCUAAUCCUGAUGUUGAAGGUCGUCGACAGAUUUUGGAAGCACAUAUGUCUAAGGUCCUUAAAGCCGAUGACCUCGACUUGAUGAUCAUAGCUCGAGGAACUCCCGGUUUCUCCGGUGCAGACCUAGCCAAUCUAGUCAAUGUGGCUGCUCUGAAAGCUGCAAUGGAUGGUGCAAAAUCCGUUUCCAUGGACGAUAUGGAAUUUGCAAAAGACAAAAUCAUGAUGGGUAGCGAACGUAAAUCUGCGGUAAUCUCCGACGAAUCAAGAACCUUAACCGCCUUCCAUGAAGGUGGCCACGCACUCGUAGCCAUCCACACAGACGGAGCCCUCCCUGUACACAAAGCAACCAUAGUCCCCCGAGGAAUGGCCCUAGGCAUGGUCUCCCAACUCCCCGAUAAAGAUGAAACAAGCAUUUCGCGUAAGCAAAUGCUCGCGAGAUUAGAUGUAUGCAUGGGCGGUCGAGUUGCCGAAGAGCUUAUAUUCGGUGAAAACGAGGUCACUUCCGGGGCUUCCUCCGACUUAAAGCAAGCAACGAGUCUCGCAAGGGCUAUGAUUACGAAAUACGGAAUGAGUAAAUUGGUUGGUGUUGUGACUCAUAAUUACGACGACGAUGGGAAGAGUAUGAGCACAGAGACUCGGCUCCUAAUCGAGAAGGAAGUUCGAGAAUUUCUCGAGAAAGCGUAUAAUAAUGCUAAGACGAUUCUCACCACUCAUAGUAAAGAGUUGCAUGUUCUCGCCAAUGAAUUGCUUGAAAAGGAGACUUUAACUGGAGCUCAGAUAAAGGCGUUGCUUGCCGGGGUAAACCAGGAGACACAACAACAAACCCAUCAAAUCGCGGCGACAACACAAAGUGAGUCUCGCCCGAAGGCGGCCGCCGCUGCAGCGGCCGCAGCCGCGGCGGCUGCUUCCGGCAUUGCACCGGUUGGGUCAUAGGGGUUUAUGAUAUGUGGUGGUCUAUUGAGAUUUGUACUGAUAAAAUUCUGAUUUGACAUUAAAGAUUUGUGAUGAAUGUAGGCUUUCUCUUAUUUUACAAUGAUAUUAAUAAUGGGACUGUUUCUGUA